AUGGAGGCAGGCGGGCGGCGGCGGGGCGCGGCGCUGAGCGCGGCGUUGCUGGCGCUGUCGGCGCUGGCGCUGCUGCUGCUGUUGCUGCCGCCGCCGCAGGCGCUGCGGGCGGGCUCGGAGCUGCCGCCGGGUUUGCUGGAGGAGCUGCGGCAGCGGCGGCGGGAUCUGCGGCGGCUGGCGGCGGGCGGGGCUGCGGCGGAGGGCGGGCUGCGCUGCGGGGACGUGCGGAGGGCGGCGGGCGCGGCGCCGGUGCUGGGCUCCGGCUUCACCAAGGUGGUGGUGCGGGCGGCGCUGGCGGGCGGCGGGGCCGUGGCGCUGAAGUCGGUGCACGGAGCGGGCCGGGAGGUGCGGCAGUGCGAGCAGCGGUACGGGGCGCCCGCCGGCUGCCGCCGUCUGGCCGCGUACAAACUGCUGAAGGAGGUGACGCUGCUGCGGCGCCUGCGGCAUCCCGGCAUCGUGCAGCUGCACGGGCAGUGCUACGACGGCGGCGGGGAGCCCGAAGCCGGGGUCACGGCCGUGCUGGAGCUGGGAGCCCCGCUGGAGAUGAUCCAGCUUCUGCAGACCCCCUGGGAGGAGAGAUUCAAAAUUUGCCUGGGCCUUGUGGAGCUGCUGUUCUACUUGGCACACUCCCCUCUAGGCUCAAUAGUCCUCUUGGACUUCCAGCCGAGGCAGUUUGUUAUGGUGGAUGGGAACGUCAAAGUGACAGACAUGGAUGAUGCCAGCACCGAGGAGCUGUCGUGUGAGGAGGAUAAUGACUGCACUCUUGACUUCCCCACAAAAAGCUUUCCUCUCCAGUGCUCUUCGGCUGGGAAGUGUGAAGGAAUAAAUGAGAAGAGGAACCUCUUCAACGCGUAUCGGUAUUUUUUCACCUAUCUUCUGCCACACUCUGCACCACCAGCUUUGCAGCCCUUUUUGAGUGAUAUUCUGAACGCAACAGGUAACUUACGAUAUGGAAUAAAUGAAACCCUGAGAGCUUUUGAAAAGGUUUUACAUCUGUACAAGUCUGGGCUCUAUUUACAGAAAAGACCUCUUCUUUUAAAAGAUUACAUCUCCCUGCAGGGCUUCCGGACGGAGGAAGCAGAAGCCUACAAGUGCUGGCCUUCCUACAGCCACCUGGGCUGCCUGCUGUCUGUCCACAGCCCCGAGGAGGCCGCUGCCAUUUGUAGCUCCCAGCCACAGUGUCAGAGUUUCAUCAUCACCCAGCAGAGAACAUGGACAGGACGCCCACUCGCCUCAUUUCAGAGCAGCCCAACUGAUUUAAUACCGGAUACUACUGCUGUGGUCUAUAUUAAACGAUCAGCUUCCUUAGGGAGAAGACUUUAAAGACAAUGAGAUCACAUAAAACAAUUCUGGGAGGAACAGAUUAUUGGGGAGAAGUUCAUCUCCUGAAAGGAAUAACACGCUUUAUUUUGCUCGGGUUGUGAUCUCCCCGCCAGCUCAGAUUGAGUCAAAUGCUGCUGUCUGCUUGAUCAAAGCUCCAAUUUCUUGUUGCAGAAUGCUUCUUCCCCACAGCCCCGCUAGCUUGCUUAGCUGUUCCCACACUGCUGUUCUGCAUAAACAAUCCCAGUUUUAGUCAAAUGUGGCCAGGCUCUGCAAUACCUAGCCUUGUUGCUUCAGUAGUCAGCUUGUCAGCCAAGAAAUAGCAAUAGCUGCAGGGACCUGGCUGGAGUAAGCCCAGUUUGCUCAGCAGACUCCAAAUAACUUAGAAAUAACACACGCUGGAGAAUGCAGCGGCUCCUCCCGCAGCUACCAACAAGGUUUCACACCACUGCAGGUGGAAGGGCUUGGACCUCGGUGAGGGGGUGCAGGUUGGGAUCUGUAUCCAGAGGUUGAAGCUGGGGAUGGCCUUCUGAAGGAGGGUCAUGGUUCAGCUCCUUUGCAUCAGAGAAGGGAGACGGUGCAGAGGUCAGCUCUGGAGCCCAGUGUCAGGAUGCUUGGAUGCAGGAUUUGGGUUUGACCAGGUGUGAUUUGCAAUACCAGCUUCCAUGUAUCAACCUUGAAGGUUUUUCUGUUACUUUCCGUGAAAGAGCGAGACAUUCAAAUUAUUUAUGUACAAAGUGUUACUCUGUAUGGUAAAGAAUGACUGUGUUUAUUCUAAGCGUGCUGUGAAUAGUUUUUCUUUUGUAAUCGCCUGUGUUUUAAUGCAACCAAAUGCAAGCGUUUUCCACCUUCAGCUCUCCCAGCAUCGUUACCCAUUCCUGAGGACAACCUGUGAGCACACACCUGCACAUGCUCCUCCCUGGGCUGCCUGCAGGCACUGCCCUUUUCUUUUCCAGCAUGCUGAGAAAAAGCCCAAUUCUCUGCUGA